UUAAUGAAACCUAAGUAUAGGAAAAAUUCACGCUUACGCAACCCGAAAAUCUCCAUCGUUUAAAAAAAAAAACAUUAAAAAAGUCCUAAGGGUUCAGUAAUAAAUGAAACAAUAAUUUUGGCGCCUUAAAAUCGUGUCAUCAGCUUUGACAGAUUUUUUCAAUUUACGGGUUUCAGAAAUGGAAUAAAACUUUCAACAAAUAAUAUUCUUGAAGGAAAUUCUUUCCUCUUUCAAUCUGAUAUUUGAGUUUAUUAUUUCUCCUUAGAGGAGUUACUGAAAAAUCAAUUUGAUUAACGACACCUAUUCUUGAGGCAAAAUGGCCUGGCAACGUUGGGGCAGUUUGCGGGUAUAAAAUCUCUGUCGUCUAAUGUCAAAAUGGUGAGUCUUAAAAAGUCUGUCAAUUUUUGUUAAAGAUGGUUAGGCAUUACAUUAGAAAAACUGAACGUUGUAUGUAUCCAGAUGGUUACAUUUUGAAAGCUGUUAAGAAAGUUGUUGCUGAGAAACAAAAAGUAUGUGAUGUUUCCAAAGCAACCUCCAUCCCAAAAAGAUCUAUACUGAGAUAUGUCAAAAAUUUCUUGGCUGCUGGAAUUCAAGAUGAAGCUGAAGCAACUACAAGCAUUGGGGGUUACCAAAAACCUCGUAAGGUUUUCAGCAGCGAACAAGAAAGCAAUCUUAGCAGUUACGUCAAAAGGGCCAGUGACAUUUAUCAUGGAAUCACUACCACAGACAUGAGAAGAUUGGCUUAUCAGUACGCUACCCAAGAAAAAUGUAUUGUCCCUCUUUCUUGGUCGGUCAAGAAGGAAGCUGGAAGAGACUGGCUAUCUGGUUUCAUGCGAAGACAUCAAGACCUUUCAAUCAGAAAACCACAGGCAACAUCUCUAAGCAGAGCUACCAGCUUCAACAAGCAUAACGUUGAUUCCUUCUUUGACAAUGUUGAGGUCAUAAGGUCUAGAGGCAUUCCACCUUCUCGUUGGUUUAAUGCUGACGAGUCUGGCUUUACCACAGUUCAUGCACCUGAUGGAAUUAUUGCUCGAAAAGGAAGAAAACAAAUUGGUUCCAUAACUUCAGGUGAGAGAGGCACACUGGUUACAGUCUGCCUUGCAGUAUCUGCCACAGGAACGUCUAUUCCACCAUAUUUUGUCUUUCCACGAGUUCAUUUUAAGGAAUAUUUCCUCAAUGGUGCCCCUCUUGGUUCUGUUGGAUCAGCCAAUAAGUCUGGCUGGAUGUCAGACAAAGAUUUUGUUUUGUUCAUGAAACAUUUCAUACAAAACGUUCGGCCUUCGAAAGAGAACGAAGUUGUUUUAUUUCUCGACAACCACUCCUCUCAUCUGUCGAUCGAGGUAUUAAAUUUGGCGAAAGACAACGGAGUGGUCAUGAUAACUUUCCCUCCGCAUUGUUCUCAUAAGCUUCAACCCCUUGACAGAAGUGUGUUUGGUCCAUUUAAAAGAUACUACAAUUCGUAUUGCAGUUCAUGGAUGAAGGACCAUCCAGGAAAACCUAUGAGCAUACACAACAUCGCAGAGCUGGUUGGAUUAGCCUUCCCGCUUGCAACAACACCAGCAAACAUCACGUCUGGGUUUAGAGUGGCCGGGCUAGUCCCAUUUAAUAGAUUUAUCUUCGAUGGUGACGUCGACUUUGCUCCAUCUUUCGUCACGGAUCGUCCUUUUAAUUCAUCACCAGUCCCUCCUAUUGAUGACUUCAUAGAAAUCCCAGCAUCCAACGAUAACAUCGUCGAAGAAGGCCAAACUCCCGUUCCAGUCCAAAAAGACCAAACUCCCGUUCCAGAGAACCACAUCGAGGCCAAUGUUUCAACUACAAUUCUACCCGACUUGGACAACAUUGUGGUUAUUUUCGAAGAAGAUCCUUUGGCGACAGUUGAAAACGUUAAUAUUUCACUAGAUGUUCAAAACGGAGAGACAUUUGACCUGAGAGGUGUUCUCGAGGAGGAUUCCAAUAGAAAUCCAGUGGAAAUUAUGAGACCCUACCCUAAAGCUGGACCGAGGAAAGGAAGCAGCACCGGCCGAAAACGAAGCACUGCCAUCCUAACUGACACACCUGUUAAGGCCCAGCUGGAGAAGGAGAAGAUGGCCACUGAUGCGAAGAAAAACAAAGUCAAAAGGCUUUGGCUUGGCAAAGUCAGAAGAAAGUUAAAUCCAACACCAGUGAAAAAAACUGCCAGAAAGUCAAGAAGAGCAAACCAAGAAAACAACAACCCAACCAUUCCAGUGCAAAAUUUACCCAGACCCUCUUCCAGUGCUCAAAAUUUACCCAGACCCUCUUCCAGUGCUCAAAAUGGAUUAACUGAUUCUUGUUUCUGUAUUAUGUGUCAAGAGAGUUUCUCUGAAAGCAGGCCCGGUGAAAAAUGGGUGCAAUGUGUGAAAUGUUUGUUGUGGGCCCACGAAAACUGUGUGACCAAGAGUAAGCGGUUUUUAUGUUUCGAUUGUUCUUAGUUUUGUUGAUGAAUGGCCAAUUUAAUUUGUGAUUUUCAAUUUACUGAUGUAUCGUUAACAUUUCCACAAAGAAUAUACUUUUGAAUCUUAA